AUGAACAAGACUAACUUUACGGACCUGCCCCGCCUGCUUCUCUCCCAGAAGCAGAACAAGAGUUUGCUAGAGAGCAUCGUCUCCAAUUUUUCAGAUCAGUGCCAGGACUCAGUUGAUCUGACGGUGUUUCUUGUCACCGUCUACAGCAUAGAAACCAUCGUGGGCGUCCUGGGAAACAUCUGUUUGAUGGGCGUGAUAGCCAGGCAGAAGGACAAAACCAAUGUGACAAACACGCUCAUCGCCAACCUGGCACUAUCCGACUUGAUCAUGUGUCUCGUCUGCCUGCCUUUCACCGUCACCUACACCAUCAUGGACCACUGGGUCUUGGGCGAAGUCAUGUGUAAAAUGUCGGCCUUCAUCCAGUGCACUUCCGUGACGGUUUCCAUCCUAUCCCUCGUCCUCGUGGCCUUGGAAAGACAUCAGCUUAUCAUCAAUCCCACUGGCUGGAAACCCAGCAUUUCCCAGGCUUAUCUAGGGAUCACGGUCAUUUGGAUUAUUGCUUGUCUCCUCUCUCUCCCUUUCCUAGCCAACAGUAUUUUGACCAACGAGUUAUACCAGAAGCUCUUCAAAAUCACGGGCACUUCGGCGGAAAAGGUCAUUUGCACCGAAUCCUGGCCUUCGCGGGAGCAUAGAAUGAUUUACGCAACCUUUUUGCUCCUCUUCCAAUACUGCAUCCCUCUGAUCUUCAUUCUGGUGUGCUACCUGAGGAUACAUUUACGUCUUCAGCAGAGAAGAGACAUGUUCCAGAAGAGCGAAUACAGUUCCCGGCUGAUUCAGAUGAAGAGGAUCAACGUGGUGCUCGCCUCCAUGGUUGCCGCCUUUGCCAUCUUCUGGUUGCCGCUGCACGUUUUCAACAGCAUCGAGGAUUGGUACAGUGAAGAUAUUUUCAUCUGCUACAGUGAUCUCAUCUUCUCAUUGUGCCACCUGAUCGCCAUGGCUUCCACCUGUGUCAAUCCUUUUAUUUACGGGUUCUUGAACAGCAAUUUCAAGAAGGAAGUGAAGUCGCUGAUUUUCAGUUGUCAGAGCCCACCCUCGGUGGAAGAAUAUGAGCACCUGCCCCUCUCCACCAUGCACACGGAUGUUUCGAAAGUAUCCCUGGGGUUGAGCAGCGAGGCCAAGCCAAUCUAGAUCGCUUCUUAGACCGGCAAGCAAACUCAUCUGUCCUUUCAGGAUGUUAAAGAAAAAAGCAGGCUGUGUCACCACAGAGAAUAACCUGGGACACACAAAGCUCGAGAACAGAGAAAUCCAA